AUGGAUAAACUCAUUUGGCUCUUAUUCACCGUGAACAUGUUGUUUCAGGCCUCAACAUGAAUAUUCGCACCAUUCUUUCCUAGUAUCGCAAAGGACGAAAGGCAUGUGUCCUCAUUCCUGAUCGGAGUCUGAGUCAGCAUGAACGCAUUAUCAUUUGUCAUAGCAAGUAUAUUGUACGCACAUGUGAAGAUAAAGAGAAGAGCUUCUAUGUAUUUAGGCCUAAGUCUGACUGUUCCUGCUGUAGCAGGCUUUGGCCUCCUCUACUGGGUCAACAACAGCACUUUAUUUAUUACUAUUGCAAUAAUACUUAGAUUUAUUGGUGGAAUCGGCCAAGGCUUCUUAUCUACAUCGUCCUAUGCAAUGGCUUCCGCUCGGUACAAAGAUAAUUUGCAUGAAAAAGUUGGACUCCUUGAGUCAGGAAAUGGUGUUGGAUUUCUUGUAGGUCCAAUUGCUGGAGGAAUAAUCUAUCAAUUCACUCACUUUUCAGUGCCAUUCUUCAUCUUUGGAGUACUAAUUCUAAUUCUAAUGUUCAUGCUCAGAAAUCAUCUUGAUGAAGAUCUUGAUUCAAUACCAGUAAAGCAGGAAGGAGACAUUAAAGUUGGAUUUAGAUACUUAAUGAAGCACAAAAGGAUCUUUUUCGCUGCUUUAUCCCAGUUCUUUACACUCUGAGUGCUGACAUUUGGCCAGCCAAUUUUUGGAGAGAGGCUACAGAAAGACUAUUCAUUCUCAUUUGCUCUGAUAGGAUUAUGAUUUGCAAUUCCUACUCUAGCAUAUGCCUUGACAGGACCAUUGCUUCUGAAAAAGUUUACAAGAAAGUUCGAAUUUAGAACAACCAUAAUGAUAGGAUUUCUGAUUCUAGUGGCAGCUGGUAUUUUCAUAGGGCCUUCCAGAGUAUGAAAACUACCUGAUACGUCAGCACCAAUGAUGAUUUUUGGACUUUAUCUGCUUGGCACAGGAGUUGCCUGCACUAUCAUCCCAAUUAUCCCAGAAAUGAUGGAAACUGUAGAGCAAAAUGAGCGUGCUCAUGAUAAGGUCUCGGCAAUUUUUAAUAUUUUUGGAGGCUUUGGACAAAUAAUAUCUCCUCCAGUGGCAGGGGCCUUAGUUGACAAGGUCGGGUUCAAUUACUCGCUAGACUUUUGAGCAUUUUCAGUUUUACUCUUUCUGAUACUUUAUUUUGUUUUUUGAGAUGGAGUAGGUGCUCUACAAUUGACAGUAGAAAACUUCAAAGAGAACCAUGAAAAGGAGCUCACAACAGAACAAACAGAGGAUGACUCGCUGCCAGGUACAGAAUCUCCUUCACCAGCAAAUGAGUCUGACUAUGAUCAGAAUAUCUCUUCUAAUCUCAACGAGAGUUCUAUGUGUCGAGAAAAGACGAUCGUUCUCGACGGAGAAGAAGAUUUGUAGCAGAAUUAGGCUUUCAAUACAAG